AUGAGCACUGAAUUGUCCCCCCCUGCCCCUGUACAACUGUGCUACGAGAACCUGAAUGGAUCUUGUGUCAAAACUUCCUACUCGCCCGGACCCCGGGUGAUGCUGUACUUGGUGUUUGGCUCUGGGGCUGUGCUAGCUGUGUUUGGAAAUCUCCUGGUGAUGAUUUCAAUGCUUCAUUUCAAGCAGCUACACUCUCCAGCCAAUUUCUUGAUUGCAUCCCUGGCCUGCGCUGACUUCUUGGUGGGAGUAACUGUGAUGCCCUUCAGCACAGUGAGGUCUGUGGAGAGCUGCUGGUACUUUGGGGAGAUCUACUGUACAUUUCACUCUUGUUUUAAUGGGUCAUUCUGUUAUGCUUCUAUCUUCCACUUGUGUUUUAUUUCUGUCGAUAAAUUCAUUGCUGUCACUGACCCUCUGAUCUAUCCAACCAGGUUUACAGCAUCUGUUUCUGGCAUAUGUAUUGCCUUCUCUUGGCUUCUUUCAAUUCUUUAUAGUUUUUCACUUCUUUGCUCAGGUGCAAAUGAAACUGGGCUGGAAGAACUAGUAAGUGGUCUAUCCUGUGUGGGAGGCUGUCAAAUUGCAGUAAAUUCUAAUUGGGUGUUUGUGAAUUUUGUUUUAUUUUUCAUCCCCACACUCGUGAUGAUAAUUGUGUACUCCAAGAUUUUCCUCGUAGCUAAACAACAAGCCAGGAAAAUUGAAAGUCUGAGCAAUAAGACUGAGACAUCAUCAGACAGCUACAAAGACAGAGUGGCCAAGAGGGAGAGAAAAGCAGCCAAAACGCUGGGAAUUGCUGUGAUAGCAUUCCUGAUUUCGUGGUUGCCCUACUUCAUUGAUAUAGUAAUUGAUGCCUUCUUGGGUUUCAUCACACCCACAUAUAUUUAUGAAAUAUUAGUUUGGUUUGCUUACUAUAACUCAGCGAUGAACCCCUUGAUUUAUGCUUUCUUUUAUCCUUGGUUUCGAAAAGCCAUCAAACUAAUCAUCACUGGCAAAGUCUUGAGAGAGAAUUCUUCAACAACAAAUUUAUUCUCAGAUUAAGUUCUGAUCUUAGAUUGGAGAAAUUGAUAAUAGAUUCACAAUGGACACAUCAUAGAGAGAAAAAUUAACCAUAAAUGUGUAAGAUCUUUUAAUGUAUGUGACCCUAAUACUCCCCAGCAUGUUUUCUCCUUUUCAAAACGGGCAACUGAGAGCUUGACAUAACUAAUGCCGUGAUGAACCUAAGUGUUCUUCUCCUUCCUCUGCCUGCCUCCUCCUUCACAUACCUUUGCUAAUGACUUUGUUUUGACCUAAUGCUAAUGACUUUGUUCUUUGUUUGAUCUGAUGCAAAUAAGUUUGUUUUGUUCUGUCUGACCACCUGUGACUUACAACUCCUCACAAGGAAAUCAGAGCCCAGAUGUCUGACAUGUAUAUCUUCAGCCUGAUAAGGAGGUGUCUGGCAUGUAUUUCUUUGGUCUGAUUAAGAGUCUCUUGUCACUAUCUUGUAAUGAAUAACUCCUCUGGCCAUGCCACCUGCAGGCUGCAAACACACUUCUAACCCUUGUAAAAAUUCUUCAUAAGCUCUAAUGUAAAAUUGCUUUUUGA